AUGCCGGCAGACAGCUCUUCUAUACAUUCUGUAGGCAUAGACAAAAUUGCGCUUAGCCUAAAAUGUCGAGACGAUACAUCAAUACGGCGUUACAGAACAGCAUUCAGUCGUGAACAGAUUAACCGUCUGGAAAAGGAAUUUGCAAGGGAAAAUUAUGUUUCAAGACCAAAAAGAUGUGAACUUGCAGCACAACUUAAUCUGCCAGAAGGGACAAUCAAAGUAUGGUUCCAGAAUCGUCGAAUGAAAGACAAGCGUCAAAAGAUGGCAACUUUACAUUGGCCAUUUGUCGAUCAUCAGAUGACCGCAUAUAUGCUAAAUCCAUAUUAUUAUGAAGCAUGGAGAUCGUCAUUAGUACCUAAACUUUAUUCACCUGGGCAAAAUAUCAAUAGUUGUUGGUCGAAACAAUUCUCGAGGCUUGUUCAACCGUUGUUUGCAAAUAAUGCACUGUUCCCGAGUUCACCAGCUGGGAUUUGUAACGUGGCUUCGCUAUGUGACGGUGCUGUGGUUCCAAAGCAAGAGAAUCCGACGGAUACGAUGAUGUUGUUGUGUUAUUCAGUGGAAAUAACUUUGAAUUGGUUGCUUGGUUGGUAUUCAAAUGAAUUUGGCUCAAUGAGAUGUGGUGGGAAUGAUGUUGGCCCACAGUCUUCAUUUGCUUUAAUAUUUGCGGAUAUUCAUUUGUCGGUUGCAGAUGAGAUACCUGGUUGUAUAGCAUGA